AUUUAAUAACUAAUGUUUGUGGAAAAUAUUUUUUGUGAUUUUAUUUACUUGUCAUGGACAAAAUAGAGCUGCUGGGAAGCGCGUGCUUCAGCCAUGGCCCGUACACCUUCUACAAAGCGGUUAAGAUAAAUAAUAACCGUGUUUUGAGGCUCGGUAACUUUUUUCUCACUAAAUUAUGGACAGAUACAGACUUGGUCAGUAUCGGAGAGCUGCAAUUGUUGUGGGUGGAUAGCCGGGGCUCUAAUCAACCGUUGGCGUCAUUGAGAUUGUAUUUUUUACCGGAGAACACUCCUGAUGGACGACGGGAUAUUCAUGGCGAGGAUGAAGUGCUGACAAUCUCAGAAAAAGUAGUCGUCCACGUGCACGAUCUGGUAUCCUGGUUAUCUCCUGACUUAGAAUGGACCUGGGGAAGAGAAGUAAUCCUGCCACCGCUGUCCACCCUUCCAUCAAAGUCGCCACCGUCUAUAUUACCGACUGCCAAUGAGUCUCCCGUAAAAUCCGAGCCCCAGUGCUUGGACACCGACGAAGGAGAGCUCGAUAAAAAAGAUCUGGUGCCGCAAGUACUUACUGACCCAGGAAUCGAUUUCACCGACGUCGACAAGAGCGAGCUCUUUGAUACUGACAGCAAACCACCUGAGUCUCCGGGAGUCGGCGAGCAAAACACCAAAGUGGUGGUGCUGUCCUACCCCAGGUACUGCCGGUACCGAGCACUGCUGAGGAGACUCGAAGGUUCUGAACCAUCUUGGCUUUCGACUUCCCUGGCAGCCGCCCUUGGGGGUUUCACGGCUCUACCAGGUACCAGGGUCCUCUUCUGUAGAGACACUUUCGACUAUCCAGACCUGGAGACCCACGAGUUACUCUGCAAUCACCUUGCGCCGAAGUUAAAAGGCCGCCCGAGGAGAAAACGGAAAAAACGGAGUACUUCUCCUGGAGAGUCUUCCAACGAGUCCGAGGCUUCUGUCGCUUCUACCUCCCGGUCGACUUCGUCGUCGCUCUCGAACUUUCCAGCCAAGUCUGCAACGCCACCGUCUACUAGUAUACUGACGCACAGUAAUUUGUCGGCUUUAUCGACAGUCCAGUCCGCUUCGUCGAUCAUGUUGAUCUCUUCCAGGGGCGAAAUGGUUCGCAGAAGCGAAAGGAAGGUCACUGGGGAUGAAAAAAGGUUCAUGGUUGAUGUUCAGAGCUUUAUGAGCCUGAGAGGGACGCCAGUAUUGAAGAUGCCAUUGCUUGGUUACCGACAAAUUGACUUGUAUUUAUUUUAUAAACAAGUUCAAAAACUAGGAGGUUAUGAUACUGUAACGUCUAAUCGACUUUGGAAGUCGAUUUAUGAUGAAAUUGGAGGUAAUACUGGAUCGACUAGUGCUGCCACUAUUACAAGACGGCAUUACGAAAGGUUACUUCUGCCUUACGAGCGUCACCAACGUGGAGAAGAAACAAAAGUUCGCCCGGUAAGCCGGCGCAGUAAGUCAAUCUCUGAUUUACCAAGCGAUUCGCCAGAAUCUCCGAAGUCGCCUACAGAAAGCUGUCUCAUCACAAACAAUAUUAACCUUAGCAUUAAUAACAACAAUAGUAAUAGCAAUAAUAAUAAUAAUAAUAAUAAUAAUAAUAAUAAUAAUAAUAUUAACAACAACAACAACAACAACAACAAUAAUAAUAAUAAUAAUAUUAACAACAAUAGUAACAACAGUACGGUCCCAAAUCCGCUGCAAGCAAUGGCGUCAGCAGCGGCCUCACUGACCCAAUUAAACAAUAUGGCGAAUGGGCCUCUUCCAUUGGGGGGUUCAGGUCCUAGUUUACCGGCUGCACAGCCACCGACGACUCCAACUCACGGGCCCCCGACCCCACACGGCCCAGUAGGGCCCCAUCUAAACGGGGCCUCACCUAGUCCUCACCCGAUGCCACAUAUGAUGCAGGGGUCGCCACAUCAUAUGGGCCCAGGAGCCGGGGGACCCUCGCCUCACCCUCACCACCAUAUGUUGGGGUCACCGCACCAUCAUAUGGCUACCAGUGGCUCGGUAAUGCCUGGGGGCCCUGGAGCUGGUCCUGGCCCUGGGCCUGGAGGCGGCAUGAUGGCUCCAGGAAUCCAACAAGGCCCUAUGUGUCCUCCUGGAGCUCCUGGACCUAUGGGCCCUCACCAUCAGGCCCCACCUGGACAACAUAUGCACAAUGAUCCCUUUUACUGCUCGCCGUUUGGAAGUCCGUAUUACAGAUCGUUACCUGUCCCCAGGAGGCACACACCAUACUUCCAGCAGCCUGAUAUCAGACUUUACGAACUCAACAAGAGGUUACAAUCAAGGACUGAGGAAAGUGACAAUCUUUGGUGGGAUUCGUUCGCGACGGAAUUUUUUGAGGAUGACGCUACGCUAACUCUCGCCUUUUGCCUUGAGGAUGGACCUAAAAGAUACACGAUAGGAAGGACGUUAAUCCCAAGGUACUUCAGGUCGAUAUUUGAAGGCGGUGUCACAGAGCUUUAUUAUCAUAUGAAACAUCCUAAGGAAUCGUUUCAUAAUACUUCUAUUACAUUAGAUUGCGAACACUGUGUUAUGGUGACGCAUCACGGGAAACCGCCGUUUAUGAAGAUUUUCCAGGUGUGUACCGAAGGUAGGCUAAUAUUAGAAUUCACAUUCGACGAUUUGAUGAGGAUAAAGUCGUGGCACAUGAACGUGAGAACACACCGGGAGUUGGUGCCCAGAUCCGUCGUCAGCAUGCAUACUGCGCAGCAAGAUCCCUCGAUGCUCGAACAAUUAACGAAAAAUAUCACCAGACAAGGCAUUACUAAUUCAACUUUAAAUUAUCUUAGGUUAUGUGUAAUAUUGGAACCAAUGCAAGAAUUAAUGUCCAGGCAUAAAGCGUAUCAACUUACGCCCCGAGAUUGCCUGAAGACGACGCUGUUCCAGAAGUGGCAGAGGAUGGUAGCCCCGCCGGGUAAGAGAGAAUCCCAGAGGCCGACAAACAAAAGAAGAAAGCGAAAAAAUAGUUCGACUGGGCCGGGAAGUAAUGCGCCUCCAGCGCCGAGUAAAAAACGUUCACCAGGACCAAAUUUUACACUAGCGUCUCAAGAUGUCAUGGUAGUAGGUGAACCCUCAUUAAUGGGCGGUGAGUUCGGAGAAGAGGACGAACGACUAAUAACAAGGCUAGAAAACGCCCAGUACGAUGCAAGCAAUAGCAUAGAUCAACACGGACAUGAUAACAGCGGGGGUGGACCACCUCCUCAUCCACAUCAGUUCCACUCGGAACCGACUCCUGGGAAUUCCUGGCCGCCUGACCGUGGCCCUGGACCCCCACAAGGAGGUCCAGGCAAUCAAGUACAAGGGAACCAAGGUGGCGCAGGCGUACAAGGACCUCCAGAUUCAAACCAACAGCAGGAUAAAAAAAGCCCCGCAGUGAGUCAGUGAGGCCAGGAGUCCCCGCGUCCUCCUACUAGAGGGCGUCGGGGGCGCAGGCCCAAGAAUGUGACUCCCUAGCGGGGCGUUAACUUGAUAAGUUAUUCAACCACGUCAUCCUCAGCACACAUGUCUCUUCAUACCAUGAGAGCAACACCUACAGUUUUUCCAACAGCUGCAACUGCAACUGCAACUGCUCUGGGGUCUGACAUUGUUCCUGGUAUCAGCAAUAAUCUUGGAACGGAGGUUAUUCCUAAGACAACAAGAGCUGUUCUAGGAACCGACAUUGUUUCUGGAACUGAAAGUGUUAUUGGAACCAGAACUGGGAUAUUACCAGCAGCGUUCGCGUCGUUAUUACCGACAAAUUUGAUGUCUAGCACACGAAUUUCUUCACCGCAUUCACUUUAUUCAAAUUCUACAUUAUCGACUGUCAAAAGUAUAAUUAAGGAUAACGAUAAUAUUAAUGAUAAUUGUAAUAAUAUUAAUGUUAAUAACAAUAAUGUCAGUAAUGAAUUGAGACAGUCGACUGUCGGUAACGGGAAGACAGUACUGCCGACUGCUAAUGUUAAUAUUGAGGGUGUACAACAAUUGAGUAAUUUAAAUCCUAGUAAUAUUGUU